GCCUGCCCCGCAGCAGCAAGCGCAAUCACUCAUGGCUCGUGCCGUGCAGGCGGAUCAACCACCGGAAGAGAAACGCAAAUCCGAUGGGACAAACACAAACACAAGCCUCGCAUGCAUGCAUAUGCUCCCAUUUAUCAGCUCACCUACCCACAACCACACCAGGAAACAAAUACGAGCCAGCGAGCGAGCUCGAUCCCACUUCACGAGCUUCAGUGUCGUCAGCGUCAGGCCAACCACCACCACCAGUACCAUGACGACCCGGAGCUCAUCCCUCCUCCUCCUUGCGCUAGCGCUGGCCGUCCAAGCCGCUCCCACCGCCGGCGCGCCGGCCGCCGACACGGUGGCGGACUCGUGCAACGCGAUCCGCGACUUCGUGGACUACGCCUUCUGCGCCGCCGCGCUGCGGUCCAGCGGGCCGGGCGCCUCCACGGCGGACCGCCACGCGCACCUCCUCAUCGCGGCGGACCUCGCCGCGGCGCGCGGCACGUCGGCGCGGGACGCCGCCACGGCCAUGGCGCGCGACGAGCGGGACCCGGGCGCGCGCGACGGGAUGGAGGCGUGCGGGAUCCUCUACGGGGCCACCUCCGUGCCGGCGCUGCAGUUCAUGCGCGGCUACGCGGCCGCGCGGGCGUGGGACCGGGCGCGCUCGCUGCUCUCGCUCACGGGGCAGGCCGGGAUCGGCUGCGAGGCGGCGCUCGCCGGCGCGGCCGCGGCCAAGGGGAGGAUGGCCGCCGCCAACCGCGAGUUCGACCAGCUCACUACCAUGGCCACCGCGCUGCUCAACAGGGUCGAUCAUGUGGGAUGACGACCGGCGCACCGCAGUUCUUUGUUAAUAACCAGAGUCCUUGUGUUGAUUAUUACUACGUACUAGUAGUUCCUUGAUCAAACUAGUAAGCGCGCAUGUAAAAUUUAGAUUAUGAAUGAACACUCAAGGCUCACAGUUUGAAUUCA